AUGAAGUGGGUAAUCUUUGUAUUUGUGUGCCUCCAUCUCUCUGAGGGGCUGGUGAGGGUCCCACUGAAAAGAUUAAAAUCUGUGAGAGAGACCAUGAAAGAAAAAGGAAUCCUGGAAGAAUUUGUGAAAACGCACAUAAGAGAUCCAGCCAUAAAAUACAACUUCAAUAGGCCAAGCAGCUAUGCUGUGGCCUAUGAGCCCAUGUACCUAGCAACAUAUUAUUUUGGAGAAAUCAGCAUUGGAACCCCACCUCAAAACUUCCUGGUUGCCUUUGAUACCGGAUCCUCUAAUCUUUGGGUUGCUUCCACCUAUUGCCAGAGUCAAGCUUGCACCAACCAUCCACUGUUUAAUCCUCAACAAUCUUCCACCUUCACUACCAAUAACCAGCAGUUUAAUAUGUGGUACGGCAGUGGAAGUAUGACUGGUGUGCUGGGAUAUGACACAGUGACUGUACAAGGUCUGUCCAUCCAAAACCAAGAGUUUGGUCUGAGUGUCACCGAACCAAGCAGCUUCUUCUACUACUCUAAGUUUGACGGGAUAUUCGGAAUGGCUUAUCAGUCACUAUCUGCUGGUGGUGCCACUACAGCAGUGCAGGGCCUAAUACAACAAAACCUCAUUCCACAGCCCCUGUUCAGCUUUUACCUCACAGGUCAGUCUGGAGAAGUGAUACUUGGAGGUGUGGACAACAGCCUGUAUUCUGGUCAGAUCUACUGGACUCCAGUCACGGAGCAGAUUUACUGGCAGAUUGCAAUUGAUGAGUUUUCCGUCAAUGGUCAGGCCAGUGGCUGGUGCAGUCAAGGAUGUCAGGGCAUUGUGGACACAGGGACCCCCCUUCUCACCAUCCCUAAGCAAUACCUGAGCACUCUCCUGCAAAAUCUGGGGGCUCAGGAAACACAGAACGGCGAGUUUGUGGUGAACUGUAACAAUGUACAGAACCUUCCAACCAUCAGUUUUACUAUCAGCGGAGUUCAGUUUUCUAUUCCUCCUUCUGGAUACAUCCUUCAGAUGAAUGGAUAUUGUGUUGUUGGGUUCGAAUCAACCUAUCUUCCAUCUCGGAAUGGUCAGCCUCUGUGGAUUCUUGGAGAUGUCUUUCUUCGUCAGUACUACUCAGUCUAUGACUUUGGCAACAACCAAGUUGGCUUUGCUGCUAUGGCUUAA